GUCGAAAUGGAACUUGUGGCGCCGUUGCUACUACCGGCAACUCGCCAGCAUGCACAACAUCAAGAUGACGGCGACAAAAAGUAUCAUCUCCAGAGAGAUGGAGAACAGCACAAGAACACCUGGGUCGACAGCAUGUUUAUCGUUGUCGCCAACGUCGUGGGCAUCGGCGUCCUGGGCCUGGCCCAUGCCUUCGCCAAGCUGGGAUGGAUAUGGGGAUUUGUGUUGCUCGUGUCAACGCUGGCAGGUUCUCUCUACAGCGGCAUCCUCAUGACUCGCAUGAAGUGCCGCGUCCCUCACGCGGCCGUGUUUGCCGACCUUGGAUACGAAGCGUUCGGAAACCUCGGCAAGGCAUUCAUCACGCUCUUUGCGUACACGUACAUCACCGGCGUCUGCGUACGUCCACGCGCACAACCUGCCUUCGUCCAUCACGUUGUGUAGUUUUCGUUUCAGCUGACAGCGUCACUAUUCCUUCAAGAAAUGACCAACGGCCUCUGCUUUGUCUACUGCGCCCUCAUGGUCACUGCGCUCGUGCUUCCAUUAGCGCAAUACCGCAACUUUGCCGAAAUGAACUCGAUCGCCGUGGUUGGCGCCGUGUCGAUCAUUGUGCCCAUCCUACUCAUCCUGUUGGAAAUCGCGUUGAAAGGCAACGUCCAGCCCACCACCACGUCGUGGGUGACGAACGCAUCGUUUGAUGCUGCUGUCGUGGCCUGUAUGGACGUGGUGUUUGCAAUGGCGGGACAUGUGUUUUUUGUGGAAAUCAUGUCGGAAAUGCGCGACCCGCGGGAAUUCUCCAAGUCGAUUGUCGCCGCCACGUCAUUCUUCACGGUCGUGUACGUGCUCAUGGCCGUGGUCGGGUAUUACUACGUGGGCGCGGUGGUCAUGAGCCCCAUCACAAGCAACCUCUCCAGCAUCAACAUGCGCCGGUGGUGCUCGAUGUUCAUCUUGUGUCAUGUCGUGGUCGCGUACGUGAUGGCGGUGAUGGUGCUCGCGCGCGCGAUCGAGCAGCGGCUGUUCCAUCGACCGCCCGAGCAAAGCAAGCAUGCGUCCGUGGAGAAUCGAGUCGCGUGGCUCGGCAUCACAGCUGCCGUCGUGUUUACCAGUUUCUUCGUGUGCAACGUCGUGCCGUUCGUCAACGACCUGCUUGGUUUUGUAGGCGCCCUCAGCGGCGUCACGACGACGUACGUGUUCCCGUUCCUACUCGCACCGGUGAUUCUACGAGACGACAUGACGCGGGGGCAUGCACGGUUGCUCCAAGGCAUUGCUGUCGCCAGUACCCUUGUCGCCGUUGUGGGAGUGAUUAGUUCCGUGCAUCGUAUGGCGAAUUCGUACCAGACAAGGCCCCCCUUCUCAUGUUAAGACAUACCAAUCAUGUAAUAUAGCUGCUUGUUUGGUUAAUCUCGCAGGAAGGACGAGGUCGGUCGGAGUUGUGAUGAGGCACGGGGAUUUGUGUCGGAUCCAUCCUGGAAAGUCCCUGGGACGCUGGAAGAACUGGUUGAUACCGCAGCUCGUCUGUGUUGGAGAUGGUGUGGUUGGGACAUUGAUCGACGCUUGUACUCGUCGAUCUCUUCCUCCAAGUCUUCCUUCACAUCGAGCCGCGUCGGUUCUCGUCGAAGCAUUGACGGUGAGGGAGGUUGGGUGCACGACGACCGCAAUCUUGAA